AUGGCAGUAGCUAAUUAUAUCCUUCUUAUUCUUCUUCUCCUUUCUUCAUUUGAAGAUCUUUCUACUGCUAAUUACGAAAAUGAAACCAUCGAUGCCAUGAUCAAACAAGUCUGCACUGACACCGUAAACACGGAAUCAUGCUACACGAAUUUCCAAUCCGAAUGUGCACGUAUGAGCCCAUCUAAAACUCCGACCUCGAUUCUAAAUGCAGCACUUAAGGCAACAAUAUACGAAGCACAACGAGCCAUUACGCUGGUAACGAAAUUCACUGAUUUAUCCACAAACCCACGCGAGCAAAUUGCAGUCGAAGAUUGCGUCGAGCUUCUUGAUUACUCCGUCGACGAAUUAGGAUGGUCAAUGCAGGAAAUGGAGAAAAUCCGGAACAGUUCGAUCGCAACACACCACGAAGGAAACCUAAAAGCGUGGCUAAGUGCUGCCUUGAGUAAUCAAGAUACGUGUUUAGAAGGCUUUGAAGGCACAACAGGCCAUAUAGAGAGGUACAUUAGAGGAAGUUUAAAACAGGUGACGCAACUAAUUAGCAACGUUUUAUCCAUGUACAAUACGUUACAUAGUGUUCCAGCUAAACCACAUGUAAAUAGAACGACUACUCAUGAUCGUCCUACUUGGAACCGCCACAAUCUGGAUCCAGAUUUUCCUCCAUGGGUUUCAGACAGAGACCGUGAAUCCGUAGCUGCACAUACUCAGAGUAUGAAUGCGGAUGCAGUCGUGGCGUUGGAUGGCAGCGGGCAAUUUCAAUCAAUCAUGGAAGCAGUGAACCAAGCUCCUAAUUACAGCGAGAAAAGGUACGUGAUAUAUGUGAAAAAGGGAGUGUAUAACGAGAAUGUGGAACUGAAAAAGAAGAAGACAAAUAUCAUGUUGGUAGGGGAUGGAAUGGGAGUCACAGUUAUAUCGGCUAACCGUAAUUUCUUGCAAGGGUGGACUACUUUCAGAACAGCAACAUUUGCUGUUUCGGGAAAGGGGUUCAUAGCAAGAGACUUAACAUUCCGGAACACGGCAGGUCCACAAAACCGUCAAGCCGUGGCCCUAAGAGUCGACUCGGAUCAAUCAGCAUUUUUCCAAUGCAGCAUUGAAGGUUACCAAGACACCUUGUACGCUCAUUCCCUCCGUCAAUUCUAUCGCGAAUGCAGUAUUUACGGAACCAUAGAUUUCAUCUUUGGCAAUGGAGCUGCCGUACUCCAAGGCUGCAAGAUUUUCACUAGACAACCAUUACCACACCAAAAGGUCACAAUAACAGCCCAAGGCCGAAAAGAUCCGAACCAAAGCACCGGGUUUUCAAUACAACGCAGCUACAUUUACGCAACAGAACCAACCUAUCUUGGCAGGCCGUGGAAACAAUUUUCAAGAACGGUUUACUUACAGACGUAUAUGAGUAAUCAAGUUCAACCCAGAGGAUGGCUUGAAUGGUAUGGAGAUUUCGCUUUGAACACGUUGUAUUAUGGAGAGUAUAUGAACUAUGGACCUGGUUCAUCGUUGUCUGGCCGGAUUAAAUGGCCUGGUUAUCAUGUUAUACACGAUGCUGUAACUGCUAAUAUCUUCACUGUUGGGCGAUUUAUUGAUGGCAAAGCUUGGUUACCAUCAACUGGUGUCAAGUUUCAAGUUGGUCUUACAACUUAAUUAAUAAACUCAUUCUUAAAGUUAGAUGUGUAUCGAUGUAGUAAUUAUUUCGCUAACAUUUACUACUCUAUAAAUAUUAAAGAUGACUAAGUCUUAUGGGCUAGAUUUGGCUACUAGAUUAGCCAAAAAGUGUU